CGAGAUAAACCACCUCUUCUUCCUCCAGCACCCUCAAUUAUCUCUCUAUAAUGGCCGAAGCACUCGAGCAGCUCUCUCUCAAAGACAUCCCCCCUCCGCCGCCCGGCACCUCCUUCGUCGACGACGCAACCGGCGCCGACGCUGCCUCCGCCGGCUCCCAGGAAUCCCCCUUCAAGACCCCCGCCUACGCGCUCUACACCUUCCCGGAUGCGCCAAUCUACAUCAAGAAGGCCGCCGACGGCCCCUUUGAGCCCAUCUCCGCAUCAAUGCUGAAGAAGGCCAAGAAGGGCGCCGAGGGUCUCGCAAAGAAACUCAAGGCGGCGGAAGAAGCGGCCACAAAAAAGGCCGCUGACGACGCUCGCAAGCUCGACGAUGCAAAGAAGAUCGUGCUCGUCACUGACUCUUCGCUUCCGAAGCCGAAGCACAUCAAGAUCCGCGAGGGAACUGAAAACAGAGAAACCCGGGUGCUGAUCCACGGAUGGGUUCAUCGUCUGCGUCUGCAAAAGGGUCUUGCUUUCCUCGUCCUCAGAGAUGGCACCGGAUUUCUCCAAUGUGUCCUUGCUGGUGAUCUCGCGAACGCCUACUCCACCCUCACCCUGACGCUCGAGUCGACCGUGACCGUCUACGGAGUGAUCCACCCUAUUCCCGAGGGAAAGACCGCCCCCGGCAACCACGAGCUUGCCGUCGACUACUACUCGGUCGUCGGCCUCGCUCCCGGUGGCGACGAUGCCAUCACCAACAAGGUCCAGGAGAACGCUGAUCCCUCACAGCUACUAGAUAUGCGUCACCUCGUCCUCCGUGGUGAGACCAUGAUUGGAAUCUUCAAGAUCCGAGCUCAGCUGCUUAAAUCAUUCAGACGUGUGUAUGAAGAUCUGGGACUCACUGAGGUUACUCCUCCCUGCAUGGUGCAGACCCAGGUCGAGGGUGGCUCGACUCUAUUCUCUCUCAAGUACUACGGCGAAGAUGCCUAUCUCACGCAGUCCUCGCAGCUCUACCUCGAGACCUGUCUCCCGGCUCUCGGCGACGUUUACUGCGUGCAGGAGUCUUUCCGCGCCGAGCGCUCGCACACCCGUCGUCACUUGAGCGAGUACACCCACGUCGAGGCCGAGCUUGCGUUCCUGACCUUUGAAGAUCUGCUGGUCCACAUCGAGACCCUGCUCACGCGCACGAUCGAGUACGUGCUCGAGGAUCCCGAGAGUGCUGCGAUCCUGGCAAAGCUCAACCCGGGCUUCAAGAAGCCCACGCUUCCGUUCCGCCGCAUGACGUACGAGUCUGCUCUUGACUGGCUCAACGAGCACGGCGUGCCCAACGAAGACGGCGAGGCGUUCAAGUUUGGCGACGAUAUCGCCGAGGCCGCCGAGCGCAAGAUGACGGACGAGAUCAACGAGCCGAUCUUGCUGACGCGGUUCCCGGUCGAGAUCAAGUCGUUUUACAUGCAGAAAUGCGCCGACGACCCGCGCGUGACCGAGUCUGUGGAUGUGCUCAUGCCCAACGUCGGCGAGAUCACGGGAGGCAGUAUGCGUAUCUACGAGCUCGACGAGCUCAUGAAGGGCUACGAGCGCGAGGGCAUCGACCCGGCGCCGUAUUACUGGUUCAACGACCAGCGCGUGUACGGAACCUGCCCGCAUGGUGGAUACGGUUUGGGAACCGAGCGAAUUCUCGCGUGGUUGUGCGACAGAUUUACUGUCAGAGAUUGCUCUUUGUAUCCUCGCUUCUCUGGCAGAUGCAAGCCUUGAUUUAGAGUUGUGCUUUGUUUAUUCCUAGUUUUUUGUUUUACUAUGGCUUUGUAUUCUAUGUGCAUUUUCUGACGUUAGUGCCAUAACAUAAUAUAUAUAUAUACUACUACUUUGAU